AUGUGUGUUUUCUCUGGAGGCGACGAGAUCUACAUCGGCCCUGCCAAACCGAUCUCAUAUCUGCGCUACCACCCUGGGGUGAAGUCUCCAUUCUCUGACCAGAGGUCCUCCUCUGGAGAGGAGGUUCGCGCCUCGAUAGAGGUGAUCAGGAAUGUGUCCUGCUCUGGUCAACAAAAGAUGUAUGCUGCUCAAAGACAGUUGGAACCCAUCAAUGAGGGUCUGCUGGCGAGGCUGGUGGACUGCCUGUGGUGCCGCUGCUCCCAUCGAUCUUGCCUGUUGUGGUGCUGGGAAUGUGCCUGCUGCUCCCCCACUGAUGAGGAGGUGGAAAUCUUGGGACCUUUUCCAGCCCAGACCCCCUCAUGGCUAAUGAAGAAGUGUGACGAUGAAAAGAAUGCAGAUUCGGGGUUGUCCUGCGGAGAUGUAGCAGAGGCUCAAGACGGUGACUCCUCCGAGAGGGGCUCCAGUGCUGACAUGUCUCGUUCCACCUUCAGCAUGGUUCAGCAGCUCUCUAGUCUGGACAAUUAUAAGCCUGGAUCACCCUUGGUGGAUGUGAAGCCCAUUGAGUUUUGGGCGAUGGGACCCAGAAAGGAGGUCAUCCAGCCACUGCAUAGGCCCCAGACCCCUCCUGACCAAUGCUUCCACAAGCUGGAGCCUCAGCUCUACUCCCAUGAGUCCUCUGGGGAAGACGUGGACUUGCUGACAGAUGACGAGAUCCUUCUCCGAUACCAACUGGGCACGCUCCACUUCAGCACUCAAUAUGACCUUAUCAAUGGACAUCUAGGUGUGCGGGUCAUCGAGGCUCGUGACCUGCCACCCCCACUGACCUGUGACGGUGCACGGCAAGACAUGGCCCACUCCAACCCCUACGUAAAGAUGAGCCUGUUGCCAGACCACAAGAACUCUCGCCAAACAGGAGUGAAAAGAAAGACCCAGAACCCGGUGUUUGAGGAGCGGUUUACCUUUGAACUUCCCUUUCUAGAGGCCCAGAGACGCACACUACUGCUGUCGGUGGUGGACUUUGACAAGUUCUCACGUCACUGUGUCAUCGGCAAGGUGGCGCUGCCUCUCAGUGAGGUGGACCUGGUCAAAGGAGGCCACUGGUGGAAGGCACUGGUGCCCAGCUCGCAGAAUGAAGUGGAACUAGGUGAGCUGCUUCUGUCUCUCACCUACCUGCCCAGUGCAGGGAGGCUCAAUGUGGACAUCAUAAGAGCCAAGCAGUUGCUUCAGACUGACAUGUGCCAGGGCUCAGAUCCAUUUGUCAAGGUCCAGUUGGUGACGGGGCUGAAAUUGGUGAAAACCAAGAAGACCUCCUGCAUGCGGGGCACCAUUGACCCCUUCUACAAUGAGUCCUUCAGUUUCCGCGUGCCCCAUGACGACUUGAGCGAAGUCAGCCUUGUCUUCACCGUGUAUGGCCACAACAUGAAGAGCAGCAACGACUUUGUGGGUCGCAUCGUGAUUGGCCAGUUCUCUACAGGUCCGCCAGAGACGUCUCAUUGGCGACGCCUUUUGCUGUCCCAGAGGACGCCGGUGGAGCAGUGGCACAGCCUGCGCUCCCGUGCAGAGUGUGACCGCGUCUCACCCGCCUCCUUGGAGGUCACAUGA